UUCCUUUCCAAUUAGAGCAUCUUAUCACAACAGUCUUCCUCGAUUAGCUUCACAUGAUAAAUACAUUUAACCGGAAAACUAAACGCUAACCGUAACGAACCGGCCUCGCAGAAGUCCGGUUACUAAAUAACCCGACUUUUUCAUUCAAAAGUCACUCGAAAUAGCCGGCGCCGGAGAAAUUGUGAGAGUCAAGAGUCAGAUAUGUUCAGAAUCGAAAUUCUAAGAAGCACACUAUCUCGAUCUCAGCUACAGAGAUUUUCUCGUGCAUCGUCCCUCUUAUCGACAUGGUACUCUCCAGAAUCUAUCUCAGCAGACGACAACAAUGACCCAGUUCUUGUCAAUCUCUCAGUUGCCAUCAGAGAUUCUUACAAGGAUCCGCCAUCGGAGUUAUCUUCGUUCGCUACCUGCCCCUCUAUCAGAAAGGUCCUGCCUUCGCUCAGCGUUCGUCAUGUUGUUGAUCUCAUCAACCAUAACCCUCUCUCCCUCCCACACCGUUCAAUUUUCGCUUUCUUCAAAUUUAUCUCAUCUCAACCUGGAUUUCGUUUUACCGUUGAGACUUACUUCGUCAUGGCUCGUUUUCUUGCGGUUCACGAAAUGUUCACGGAAGCACAAUCACUUAUCGAGCUCGUCGUCUCUCGUAAAGGCAAAAACUCGGCUUCUUCAGUUUUCAUAUCUUUGGUAGAAAUGAGAGGAAGACCUAUGUGUGGUUUCCUUGUUGAUGCUUUGAUGAUUACGUACAUGGAUCUAGGAUUCAUACCCGAUGCUAUUCAAUGUUUUAGGCUAUCUCGGAAGCAUAAUUUCGUUGUUCCGAUUCGUGGCUGUGGCAAUUUGCUUGAUCGGAUGAUGAAGCUGAAUCCAACUGGGACGGUUUGGGGAUUCUAUAUGGAGAUUUUGGAUGCUGGGUUUCCCUUGAAUGUGUACGUUUUCAAUAUUUUGAUGAACAAAUUUUGUAAAGAAGGCAAUAUAUGUGAUGCCCAGAAGGUGUUCGACGAAAUUACUAAAAGGAAUUUGCGGCCUACAGUGAUGAAGAAUGCUGACAUGUUGCUAGAUGCCAUGCUUAAUAUAGGGGUUGUUCCGGAUGACAUCACAUACAACAUCCUAUUGGAAGGUCACCAUAGACAUGCAAAUGCAUCAAAGCAUUAUAAACAGAAACCUGAGAUAGGGAUUGUAGCUGACUUGGCCGCUUACAGAUCACUAGUCAAUGAGCUUUAUAGAGCUUCGAAAGAUCACCGGAACAGCUAAAAUCAGACUAUAUGUUCCUGGAUACGACCGAAACUUUCCUAUUAAUCACCAAAGGUCCGUUUUUUUCAUCAUAAGUACUAUCCGGAGAUAUCUUUCUAUAUUUCUCUGCUUGAUUUCACUUUUUCAAUGUUCUCAUACGCUUUGAUUAGAAUUUAUGGGUGUAGAUGAUUUAUCGAUUUUAUUCUUCUGAACCGGGUAUUGUCCCAAUGAUUGAGUCUAUAGUGUUUCGAAUUGUAUGUUUCAAUUUGUCGAGUUGAUUGAAAAUCGUUUGUAUUUCUAGAGAUAUGGAUGUAUUUUGUAGUGAUUCAUGUGGCAUGUAGUAGAUUUUAAAUCAUUAAGCAUUUAGUUUUGUGGUCCUUCAUAUACCUGACUCGAUGAGGCUAGAUUAGAUUGCUGCAUGAAAUUUCGAAGGGAACAGAAGCAAUACCUGGUUUUUUGUCCAUUUGUUGUUAAACUUUUGAGUAUAUAAAAGGUUCUGCCACUAUCAUUCUUGGAUCCAAUUUCUGUGUCUCUAAUCCAAUACCAUACUUAUACAUGUGAAUAAUAAUGUACUAAUAGUGUGAUGUAUUAUACUUGUAUAUAUGAAAGCCCUCUCAUCUUUGUGUGCCUUGAUGAGAUGAGAUUGAUAAGUUGCAUAGAGUGUACUUUCGAAGAAGAAGGCACACGGAUCAAACAGAGAAGAAUGUGGAAGGCACGUGUGAAGAAUUGUGAGACGGCUAAGUUUCAGCAUUUUUUAAAGUUGUUAUAUGUUGAUUCUUGGGUGUAGAUCAGUCUAUGAGACUGUGAGGGAGGAUAGUUUCCAGGGACAGAAGCUCUGGAGAACUAUCUCUGAUGUUUGUGGUUUUUCAUUGGUAUUCUUGUUGUACAUACACACUUGGAUAAACAAUAAAGUACUUAGUUCUAC